UCCGUCCUCACCACGAGGCAAGAAACACAGGAAGAGCAGGAAGCUCAGUACCAAGUGGAGCCACGGAGAAGGAGCAACAGAAUCAAGAAAUAUCAGACCGUGAAAGGUUUCAGAGAAUUUCUGAAGAAUCUAGAAGAGGUUCAGGACCUAUUCUCCCUUCUGGAAAGCCACCUGGAGAGGCUCUCUGACCAGGGGGGCUUUCACCAGUUCUUACGUCAAGCGGCCCCUGGGCAGGUGUGCCGAGGGGUGCCAGCUGGAGCCCGUCAGCCAUGCAGGGAGCUUCUGCAAGAUGCUGCUCCCGCUGUGGCCCCAUCACCUGCCCUAACUCCACUGACGGGGUCCCCUCGGCCUCUGACCUCCACCCUGCCAGCAGAGCCAAUGUCCUCUUCAAUUGCUGUUGCUUCAUACUCCUCCCUGACUACUUCAUGGCUAGCAGAGCCUUUCCUCCCCCGGGAUGGCUUUCCACACCAGCCACUUGCUCUUCCCCCUUCCCCACCAUGUCUCCCUCCUUCAGAGGCCUCCCCUGGGCCUCUGACAGCCUCCUUGGCCCCAGAGAGGCCGGACACUCCUUUGACUCUCCCUCAGUGUGACUCAAGGGCACCCCUACCAUGCCCCAUCCCACAGAGCUCUGCUCCACACACGCCCUGGUCAGCUGACAGGUCAGCUUCUCCUGUCCCAGCCAUCUCGGGCCUGGCCCGCUCACACUGCCCCAUUUCGGCCCUGUCCUGUUGGCAAGCGGCUGCCAAUGCCUGGAACCUGUCCACCUCAACACGCCUGGAGUCCCGUCAAGCGCCUCUGUCCCAUGGCCCACCAGAAGCCUUGUUCUGGGGAGACCCCACACACAAACAGGAAGAGACUAAGAUCCCCCCUUCUAUCAACCCGGACGUCCAGAAGAUUCUGGAGAUACUCACUGCCAAGAGAAAACAACUGAAGUCUUGGAGGGAGAAGGACAAGAAAGAAAGGUCAAAAUACCAGCUGACCUCUUUCGGGAGAAUGUUCAAGUCCCCAGGUGACGGGCAGGACACCAUGGGCCGCCCGUCCUUCUGGAGCAUGAGGGGCAAAGCAAAACAGCUGCUUGGCCCUGAGAAGCCCCCACAUCCCAAGAUUCCAAGGGACAAUUUGGAGCAGAAAUGCCUCCAGCUGUUCUGGGGUCUCCCCUUUCUGCACAGCGAGUCCCUGGUGGCCACUCUCAGAGUGACUGAUCCCCCACUGGAGUUCCCGUCUGUCAUAUUCAAUGAGCUCUCUCAUGCCUUGCCACUCCAGAUUCAAGGCAAUGUGACUCUAAGCCUCUCCCUGACCCACGACUUAAACCAUCCUUCGGCUGGGCCUCAACCCCUCCCUCUAACUCAGCCCCUGCCCCAGCCCCUCCCUCUGACUCAGCCCCAGCCCCUCCCUCUGGAUCAGCCCCUGCCCCAGCCCCUCCCUCUGACUCAGCCCCAGCUCCCACCUCUAACUCAGCCCCAGACCCAGGCACACCUUGCACCUUCUGUCCCAGUGGGAUCCUUGUCUCUGUCACCCGAGAUGGGGAGCUGUGAGGUUUCUUGCCCUGUAGCUGAGAAGACACCAUUUUACAUGCCAAAUGAUUUUCAAAAUCUGGAAUGUCACUUUCUGGAGAAGCAACUAGAAAGGGGCAAGGAACCCCCUGUGGCGAAAAGAUCUCGGCAAGUCUUUAGCCAAGGUCCUCCUGACCUUCUGCAGGGUGGCCAGGCCCCUGAGGGCCAUGGGUCAGUGUCUGUCCUUCCUGGAGAAUUGAUCCACUCUGAGCUCUGGGAGCAACCGGAUUGCCACCUUUGGAAGAGGCUCAUGAAGCAAGGAAGGGGCCCGCCCUGCAGGAUCCAGCUAUCCCUGAAGACAGAGCCUCACCAAGAGUUCCAGAAGGUGCCCCAGGCACACAGCUGGCACAGUCCCAUGGCCGAGCCUGAGUCUACGGAUGGAAGCUGCCAUGCCACACAGAAGACUGGGACCAGGUACCCAGGAAGGACAGUGCCAGGAAAAAGACUGGGCAAGGAUUCAAGGUCCAGUGCAGGGAGGAUCCGGAAAGAUCUACACAGGGGCUCAAUGAGCUCUCCAGAGAAGGCUCCAGGAAGAAAUCGUGAUGAGUCACACACAGACUUGAAGCCCACCACGAGCAGCACAGUCGAGAAGCACCCAGAGAAGGACCUGAGAGACCAUUUCAGGAAGUUGGGGCAGUUCAGAGAGGGUCAGAUGCCUUUGGAUGUUCAUCCUUCCAGGCUUGCUGCCCACCAUGCCUUGGACCAUCCUGGAAAGCCAUGCCCUCAUGGGAAACCUGGAAAGCCAGUACUUUCCAAGUGCUGGGAACCCUCCCACGAUUUUUCCAUCCUCAGUCCAUAUGCUCAGCGAAUGCUAGAAGCACAUAUCAUGAGGCUCAGGGUGAAGCACUGGUGGGGCCUCCCCCUCAAGGUUCUCAAGACUAUAAACCUCUUCAAGUUGAAGGGCUUCAUCCUCUCCCAGUCCUUCCCUUCCCGCUCAGCCACCUGCAUAUCCAAGGCUGGCUUGGGCACCAAGUUCAGGGGAAAUCCUCCUCAGCCCUAUCAAGGACAGGUGAUGAAAGAGUCUUACCCCGCAUGGGGAGGUCCCCUCAGUGCUCCCCAGCCUACAUGUAAGGAGAUCCAGCAGGCUCUGGAAGGGACCUCACCUGGGGGUGGUCCUCUGGCUAGACAGGGGCCCAGGCCACCUUCUCGGACCUUCACAUACAGCUUUGUGGGCAGAAUCUGGCACAAUGAGACUGCCUCUAGGACUCUUAUGAACAGCAACUUGGAGUCAAAUCCAAGUCCAGGAUCGGCCACAAAGGAGCCAAGGAGGGUUAAUGGGGGUCGGGCCUCACGGGACGUGACCAUGCUAGAGGUCAACUUAGAGCCCCAGAAUUUGAGUGCCAAAGAGCCCGGGGAGGUGGGGGAGUUCAAGGAGGACCCUGCCUGGGGAGUCACCUUAGAACCCCGUGUGCUGGCCAACAACCAAGGCCUCCGUGGCAAGCUGAGAUCAGGGUCUUCAGGGAAAAGUGACAUCCCCCUGCAACAUACAAAGUUGGUCGUCCGAGACCCCAAAGAGCUACGCCUUGAGGCACAGUGCAGGGUAUCGGAGCCCCGGAAGUUGAUGGAGUCAGAGAACUGGCCUCGUGAUGCCACCCCCACCGUGCUCCUUCAAGACUAUGAAACUGGGGUCCUCCUUCAAGACUGUGCGACGGAGAGUCUCUUUCAAGACUGUCAAUCCAACAUGUUCCUCGCUGCCGACAUCUUGGCUUCUCAGGGAUCACUGUCUGGCUUCCAGAGCAGGUCCAGUGAAGACACAUCUACUUCUGAGGUGCUGCAUGGCCAAAGAUCCCGUGAGCAGAGCCCCCACAGGCAGCUAGGACCCCUGGGACUGCAGCACCAGUGUAAGAGCCUGAGGAAGUCAUGUGUCCCCCGUGAGGAGAGAGAGAGCUCCAGGAGGUCCCCCUUGAGAGAGCCUGCCAAAGGGUUGUCAGAAAUGAAGUUGCUCCAGAUCAGUGAAGUGAGACGUCCAGCUCAGAGCAAGGAGGCAGGAGAGGCCUCGGGAAGCAAGGCCUGUGAGAUCUUGCUGAAGAAGGAGGAGGCGCCUCCAGAAAACUACUUCAGGAGAAGGAUGAUGCACUUGCUCCAGUGGUUCUUUCCCAGUAGACGUAGAGGACUGGAAGAUUCCCUUCAAAAGGGCAAGGCUUCAUCAUCCCAGGGCUGGGGACAAGUCAUGGGCAGGUCAGCCAUGGACAGCGCUUCUGCGGAGGCUCAGGUGGUCGUGAGGGCUGUUAGGCGGAUCUUAGAGGAGAAAGUGUUGCCAUACCAGGGACUCAGGGUCCCAGAGGUCAGCUGGUGCAAAAAGGAUGUCCAGGCUUCAGCAGACCCCGAUGUCUGCUACCAAAGGGUUCUUUCCUACCAAGAGCAGAGGAGAGUGAUGAGGGACACAGUGAGUCCACAGGGCACCCCAAGGGGCCAGAACUAUGCCAACAAGACCAAGUGGAUCGGGUGGCCCUUCCCCACCAGGGUGCCAGAGUGCCCAAGCAGACCCUGCCAGAAUGGGUCCCUGGUGCCGGGCCCUUCAGGCCGCACCCUGCGGGCCCACUACCCCAGGCACUGCCUCCUUAAAAAAGACAGUUCACCUGGCCAGCGACUGUGUGCUUCUAAUGCCUUUCCUGGCAGGACAACUUUCCUCCAAGAAAAAACACAAACGGUGCAGAGAAAAACUUUUUUUUCUCACAUUAGUACAUCAUCUAUGGGCUAAUGGCGUCUUCAUGCCACAGUUACUGAGCUUCCCCAAAAUAAAUUUUUUUUCCCCCUCAUGAGUGGUGAUGGCUUCUAUGUGU